AUGAUCACCCUGUGCUGCAAGCUCCUAUAUAAAGGGAAAUUCAUCCCCGUGGGUCGGAGAGUAUUCAGGGAAAAACUGAUAAGUGGUAGGAAACAAAAAUCUCCCAUCAUUUUGCUUCCGCCAUACAUAUCCAUACACGAGCUUAGAUUAAUGCUCAACAUAAAUUAUGACACCUGUUUCAAAGCGGCAAAUGUGUACAAAAGUGGAAACACCUAUAAGUGGAAGGACUCAGAAGAUAGGACCUUCCAAAGUGUAAACAAAAGGAACGUAAUUAUCCCCUACAGUACUGCUGCUUAUGUGAGUAAAAUUUUUAAGUUUAAGCCGAGACUCAUCCAGGUGGAAUUAUUUUGCGAAGAGGAAGAGAAAAGAAGUGGGACACUACAGGAUGUGUACAGGAAGGUCUACUUGGCGGAGGAGUACCAUGCGAAUAUUUUGAGGCUUCGAGGGCAGUCCACAAACGUUACAAACGAUGAAAAUGUUGCAAACGUUGCAAACGAUGCGCCCGCCGAGACUUCCCCCACUGGGCUGGCCAACCCAAAUGAACCUCGCAGCCAAAGCAACUGUGAUGACCCCCCGUGUUUACCGCCCAACGAAAGAAGAACCCCACUGGAUGAUAAAAAAAAAAACUACUACACCGUCGUGUCUGUGAUAGGCCAUAUCAACCAUGGGAAAACCACCAUGCUGGACAAAAUGACAAACAACAAUUUGGCUUUAAGUGAAGCGGGCUGUAUUACGCAAAAUAUAAAACCUAUACAUUUCGAACGUGGGCCUUUUAAGUUCACGUUUGUUGACACCCCAGGACAUAAGGUUUUUCAAAUCUUCAGAGGAAGAGCAGCUUUCCUCUCAGACAUAUUAAUAAUAUUAAUUUCCCUAGAAGUAGGAGCAGAAAUACAAACGGAGGAAGCAAUUAAGUACGCAGACAAAUUUGGCAUCCCAGUCAUUUUUGUUCUAAACAAAGCAGAUCUGUAUGGAGAAAAUGAAUCCGUAGUAAAAGCAGAGUUAAGAAAACAAUGCACAAAUAUGUAUGAUGAGGGAAAUUUAAAGCAUAAUUUUUCAAAGGAAAUUGAAAACGCGAUAGCUAUAUCCUCGCUGACGGGUUACAAUUUGGACAAGCUAAUGAACAGACUGUUUUUUAUUUCUCAUUAUAUUGACUUGCCGUAUCACAGUGUGAACAGGUUCUACAACACUUGUGAGGUGAUACGAGAUGCCGACUCAGGUGUUGGGAAGUCCCUCGGGGGAGGCAAUUCAUGUGAUAACCCCACUAAUGGUUACACCCCUCCUGAGGAAAAAACUCCCCCAAGUAUGUACAACACAGAAAAAGCAAAGGAAAGGAGAAAAGCAGAUCUGAACCAACUGCAAAAGUAUAUUAGAAAAUCGGACUGUCUACUAGCCAUAGAUAAGAACCCAGUGGGCAUGGGCAUGGUGGUAGAUAUAAGCAAAGACUCCAGCAAGGGGACAAUUCUUCAUGUCAUUGUUCGAAACGGAUUUUUCAUCGAAGGCAGUUAUUUUAUAUGCGGUUCUGCAUAUGGAAAAAUUCAAAAAAUGUAUAAAUUUAAUAGUAACUUUAAGGAGAGCUGUAGCUAUGCCUCGAUAGGGAUGGCUGUACUAAUCAGUGGAAUCAAGAAACAUGGAAACGCAACAACGGAUGAUUUAAUUUUUACCCUCCCACAGAGUAACGCUUUUAGGUUAUGUCAGUAUAGACUCAUGGUCGAAAAGUUAGCUACUCGACAGGUAAGUGGAAAAGAAAUAAAAGUCUCUUGGGAAAAUGAUAUGAAGAAAAAUGAAUUCCAUGCGGAAGAUAUUUAUCAAAAUCGACUAGCAAUGUCGGAUAAAAGAAAAGCCAUCGAAGAGUUCGGCAUAGAAAAGGAAAACAUAUUCGAAGAUGUAUCUGUGCAGGAAUUUCAUAAAAGUAACACGCAAAGGAAGAAGGAAGAAGAGGGGGAAGAAGAAUCUGUAGUAAUUGAAUUGGAGGAAGAAAACAAAUAUGAAGACCUAUCCAGGGAUAAGAAAAAAAAAAUACAAUCUAUCCUCUCGCAGGGUGAUUCAAAUGAAAGCAUCUUAGUACCUGAAGAAAACACCUUUUCCUUUUUUGAAAGCCCCAAAGGGGGUGAACAGCUCGACCCGUUGGUCAGUUCCAACUGGCAAGGAGGCAGUCACCAAGAGAAGGAUCAGUCAAACAGUCCAAGCGGUGCACCAAAUAUAAAUUCCUCGACACACGACCAACAGGAAGCAGCAAACUACAUCACGAAUGAAACAAAUGAUCAUGCUCCAAGAGGACCUUAUAACACGGAAAGUGCUACACUGUAUGAGUGUGCAGAAGGGGGAAAAAAGGAGGAAGCACACGAGGGGAAUGGAAAGACACACCCCGUGUGGGGAAGAUCACCCCCUGGAAGAGGAAGGAAGAGCAGACACUUCCAGGAUUCCAGCGCAACGAAUGGAAAAUCUUCUCAAGAAGCGGCAGAUCCUCACAACGAAGUGCACACCGAUGAGAAGAAGCUGAACGACCCAUGGUACUACGAAGAAAGCGAAGAGACCUGGGCGAAGAAAGUCCUCCAAAGAAACGAUGAACUUAUGGAAACGUGGAGAAACAAAACGAAGCAAAGGGAAAUAGAAAAGGAGAGACAAAUUUUUUACGAAAAACAAAUGAUUUUGAAAAAUGAAAUUCUAAGGAGAAAACUCUUGGGAGAAGAAAAACUAACUGAAGAGGAAAUUAACGCAUAUCUCUAUGAUGAAGAAAAAAGCAACGCAAAUAAUUCCCAAGAAUCAAGUAUCGCUGAACCUAUAGAACUACCACCCAAAAAUUGCCCAGUUAUACCCAUCAUAAUCAGAACCAACUAUGUUGGAAUGUUCGACAUAUUUCUAGACGAAUUUGAAAAUCUCCAAAAAAUUCAUAAUGUUAAAAUAUCCGUCGUUCAUGGUGGAAUAGGCCCCAUAACCCCAAACGACGUUGUGCAUGCAGAAGUAGAAAGUAAUUUUGGCUAUUGUUGCAUUUAUGCUUUUCAAGUAAAAGUUCUACCUGACUCGGUAAAGCAAUCAGUCCUCUCCAACAUUGUGAUAAAACAGUUUGACGUUUUCACCGACCUAAUAGACGAUGUUGUGAAUAGAAUUAAAAAUAUUAAGGCAUUAAUUGCACAUAAUAUGUAUGUACGAAGUCUUAAAAGUGAAAGAACACAGGAAGGGGUGUAA